AUGGUAUUUCAAUAUUUGGCUCUGGACAAAUGGUUCCGUUUGAUAAGAAUAAUAUCGCAAAAUGGUGGACCAUUUGGUUCAAUCAUCAAGUUGUGGCGGACGGACACAUUGAAGGAAGGAAAACUAAUCGGCACCGAUGCAUUUGGCAAUAAAUAUUAUGAGAACACCUUGUACAUGAUAUGCCGUAGCAGGUGGGUGGAGUACAAUCCCAAUGUGAAGUGGGAUUAUGACGCUAGUCAGGUAACUGCUGAGUGGUUCGGAUGGCUGCACUAUAAAACCGAUAGGUUGCCGAGCCAAGACUGCGCCAAGUAUUGUUUGAUGAGUAGCCCUUGGACGCGAUGUUGGCUUUUACCUCACGAGGAGAAUCAAACGGGAACCGACAAGGCGUACUAUCCUUACCAAACGACCAAAGCGCACAUUGUUGUAUGGGAUGCCGAGUUUCGUAAAAAAAGAAAAAUUCGCUUUUUUUUCGCUCGCCGUGUCGUGGGCGGGAAUGGGCGGGGCCAAACCCACCUUCCCACUGCCACAGCGGACGAGACUACAGUUUGUCGUCGGCCGCGGCGCAUAGCGGACGGUUAUGUAUCGCGUGUGAGUGCCGCAGUGUUUGUGGGGCAGAGGCCCAUACGUUCGAAAAUAGAAAACGGAAAAAUUGACCCCCAGAUGGGAGUGUACGAAGAGAGGGGAGCGAUGCACUGGCAACAGAGUGAGCGGUACCUAUCAUCAGCGUACGAGACAGGCGCCGAGCUAUCACCAGUCGCACCAGCGGCAUCACCCGGCUCUCCCCGCGACUGCACCUCCUGUCAUAAGCGGGAACCCCCGGAUGAGCCCCCACCGCCCCCCGCUGAGGACGCUUGCGCCGGCUGUGGGGCCCGUAUCACGGAUCGAUAUUACCUCCUCGCUUUGGAGCGUCGCUGGCAUACCCCUUGCCUUCGGUGCUGUGAGUGCAAAAUGCCCCUCGACUCUGAACAGCGCUGCUACGCGAGGGACAGCAAUAUAUUCUGCAAAAACGACUAUUUGAGGUAA